UGCGAUUUUGACGUUACUCUUUUCCCCGCCAUUUCACCCAGUUUCUCAUCUCAAAAAUGGAGUCUACUCUCAAAAAUUUCUUUGGGUUUUCUUCGUUCCGACCGUAUCAGAAGGAAGUUAUCGAGAAAAUUCUGGAAAAAAGGGACUGUUUGGUGGUCAUGGCCACUGGGAGCGGAAAGUCCUUGUGCUAUCAGGUGCCUCCUUUGGUCGUCGGAAAGACCGGAGUCAUUGUGAGUCCGCUUAUUUCCUUGAUGCAAGAUCAGGUUAUGGCUUUGAAACAACGGGGCAUCAAAGCCGAGUUUCUUGGAAGCGCUCAGACCGAUUCGUCGGUCCAGACAAAAGCCGAGGGUGGUUAUUUCAACAUCUUGUUUAUGACUCCGGAAAAGGCAUGCCUGAUUCCCAAGAGCUUCUGGUCAAAUUUGCUUAAUGUGGGAAUUUGUCUCUUUGCUGUUGAUGAAGCACAUUGCAUAUCAGAGUGGGGGCAUGACUUCAGGGUGGAAUACAAGCAACUAGAUAAGUUGCGCAGCAUUCUGUAUGAUGUUCCAUUUGUUGCCUUGACUGCAACUGCCACUGAAAAGGUUCGGCAUGAUAUUAUGAGUUCUUUAAAGAUGAAUGCUCCCUAUGUUUCCAUUGGCUCGUUUGACCGCAAAAAUCUCUUCUAUGGUGUCAAGCCUUUUAAUCGCGGUCAAUCAUCUGUAGAUGAGCUUGUUCAAGAAAUUAUGAAAUUUGUAGCUAGUUCUGGUUCAACCAUUGUUUAUUGCACAACCAUUAAGGAUGUCGAGCAGGUAUAUUAUUCUUUCUUUUUUUUCUUUCUCUUUCUUUUUCUCCCUUUGGAUGGGAUCUUUUAUCCGCCUUUUUAGAUAUUCAACUCCCUUCUGGAGGUGGGUAUUAAGGCCGGAAUUUAUCAUGGACAAAUGGGUAGUAAAGCUCGUGCUGAGACCCACAGAAUGUUUGUAAGAGAUGAGCUGCAAGUUAUGGUUGCCACGAUUGCUUUUGGCAUGGGAAUUGAUAAGCCAGAUAUAAGGCAAGUAAUACACUAUGGUUGCCCCAAGAGUUUAGAAUGCUAUUACCAGGGAAGUGGACGUUGUGGGAGAGAUGGCAUCGCAUCUGUUUGUUGGCUUUAUUACACAAUGAGUGACUUUACAAAAGCUGACUUCUAUUGUGCAGAAUCACAAACAGCAAAUCAACGAAAAGCUGUUAUGGAGUCUUUGAUGGCUGCAAAACGCUAUUGCGUACUGACGACUUGCAGGAGAAACUUCUUGCUUCAACAUUUUGGGGAGAAUUUUUCAGCUGAUAAAUGUGGAAAUUGUGAUAAUUGCAUUAGCUCAAAGAAGGAGCGUGACAUGUCUAAAGAAGCCUUCCUUUUGAUGGCUUGUAUGCUAUCAUGCAGGAGUAGAUGGGGAUUGAAUAUGCAUGUAGAUAUUCUCCGUGGUUCUCGAUCAAAAAAAGUUCUGGAUGCUCAGUUUGACAGGCUUCCACUCCAUGGUCUUGGAAAACAUUAUUCAGCAAAUUGGUGGAAAGCACUUGCUUACCAGUUGAUUUCUUCUGGUUAUUUGACAGAGACUGUAAGCGAUGUCUACAAAACUAUAAGUGUUAGUCCAAAAGGGGAACAAUUUCUUAGUUCUGCCACACCCAACUAUCAACCACCUCUAGUUCUGUCAGUGACCAGUGAAAUGCUUGAUGAUGAGGUAAACUCAAGCGUAGGAGGUGAUGUUGGAGAAAUUAAGGGUGUUGCUACUUUAGAGAGUGAAGGAUUUUCAGAGACUGAAGCAAAACUCUAUCGCAUGCUUCUAGAAGAAAGAAUGAAACUUGCAAAACACAUUGGAACAGCUCCAUAUGCUAUAUGUGGUGACCAGGCAGUUAAAAGAAUUGCAUUGACUAGACCAUCUACCAAAGCACGGAUAGCGAACAUCGAUGGUAUCAACCAGCACUUUCUUAUGAAAUAUGGAGACCAUUUUCUUCAAAUUAUUAAACAUCAAUCUCAACAACUUAACCUUUUCUUGGAUGGAGAGGCAACCGUACAAACUGCUACAACAAGAAACGUAUAUCCAACGCCCAGCCAGCCCAACCAACAGAGGAAGUUGACACCCGCAAAGUUUGAUGCCUGGAAAAUGUGGCAUGAAGAUGGCCUCUCAAUCCAGAAAAUCGCUAACUUCCCAGGUAGAUCGGCUCCCAUUAAGGAACAGACCGUUAUAGAAUAUAUAUUAGAGGCGGCUCAAGAAGGAUUUGCGAUGGAUUGGACGAGAUUAUGUAACGAGAUUGGAUUAACACAUGAAAUGUUUUUAGAUAUUCAAACUGCCAUUUUGAAGGUCGGCUCCAGAGAAAAGUUGAAGCCUAUUAAGAAUGAAUUACCAGAAGAUAUAAGUUACACACAAAUCAAGGUUUACUUGACAAUUCAAAACAGAGGGAUUUCUGCAGAAUCAAUUCUGUCCGACCCGAAUGCCGAAGAACGUGUGAACAAGGCUCAAGAUUCACAACAGGAUUCCAUUAAUGCAUGCAAAGAAACACCUUGUGAAUCUAAGAAUGCCAACCACUUGGCUGGUUUUCAGUUGGAAAACAUUGAAGAGAUUGAUUCAGUUCUCUCAGCUGAGGAUCUUCUAGCAAAUAAGCGACAAAGACUCACAGAACCAAUGGAAGAAAGUUCCGUUCCAUUGAAGGCGACAGAGAGUUCUGUCCUAAGUUGGCUCAAGAACUGCAAUGAAGGGGUUACUCUAUCAGAUAUAGUGGAGCACUUCAGUGGAUCAUCAGAAGAAUUUAUAACUGAUCUGGUCGAUUCUCUUGAAGCUGAAUUUCUUAUUUAUAGAAAGAAGAAUGUAUAUAAGCUUGUGUAAUUCAAGAAAGGCAUCAAAUCGUUGGCAUCGUCGCAUCGAAGGCUAAUGUAUCUUUCAUUUUGAGAAAUACAUGACAUCAAAUAUAUUAGCCAACUUAGAUGUUAUAUAUAGAGGUGUUCAAAAAUAUUAA